AUGCCGGACCUUUUUUCGAUUCCUAUUUUUUUCAUUCUCUUUCGUGAGACGAUCGAAGCAGCAAUUAUUGUGUCUGUCAUGAUUGCUCUCAUUGAUAAGAUUUCUGCAUCAUCUCCACAGUUCAAGGCCAUGUCACGCCAAUUGAAGCGACAGGUCUGGGUCGGUACACUCUCAGGAUUAUUAAUCUCCUUGACCAUUGGAGUUAUUUUUCUUGUUAUUCUAUUCAAGUAUGCAGUUGAUAUCUGGGCCCAAGCCGAGGCUUUGUGGGAAGGUGUGUUUAGUUUGCUCGCUUCCAUCAUGGUGGCCGUCACUGCCAUUUCUAUGCUCAAGGGAUCUCGCAUGUAUGAAAGAUAUUCGAUUAAACUGGCCAAAAAGCUUGGAACUAUUUCACAUACAGAUGAUGGAAUUACACAUGCAACAUAUACCAAUGUUUCUGGAGCUUUGUUCUGGCUUCCGUUUAUUACUAUGCUACGCGAGGGUCUUGAAUCGGUGGUUUUUAUUGGAGGUGUAGCCAUGUCUGAAGAUGGUAGGUCAAUUCCGCUUGCUGUAAUCUGCGGUAUACUGGUCGGUGUUGGCAUCGGGUUCCUGCUACAUACUGGUGGCUCGCGACUUACUCUGCAUUGGUUUUUUGUCAUCUCUGCCUGUUUCCUUUUGCUCAUUGCCAACGGCCUUUUCGUCAAGUCCAUUGGCCACUUUGAAGACUACACGUGGAGCAAGGCCAUUAAUCUUGAAGCUGAUGAUGUGGGCACUGGCGCAUUUGAUCCAAGAAUCAAUGUGUGGCAUUUUGAUUGCUGUAGUCCCGAAGACAAGACACAAGGAUGGGGUAUCUUCAACUCUAUUCUAGGAUGGCUUAAUAAUGCAUCAGUAUUCACUGUAACAUUCUACUGCUUGUUUUGGAUCAUCAGCUCAUGCCUAUUGAUCUUUAUGCGAUUCCGCGAAAACAAGCUCCGUGCCAACAAAUAAGAACGUGAAAGUUUAUCCAGUCUAUCAAAUAGUUUUAACUACUGAAGAUUUGAUUGGAUAUCUUGCUAUUGUGAUAACUCUACAUUUAGACCAGUGAUAGUUCACACCUUUGUCUAAGCCACUGCAUUGCCAAGGUGAUAAUCUUGCUUCUUUCCACUUCAUUGCCGUAUUCAUAUAAAAUGGAACACCUGCAUUCAACUUGCAUUGACUAGCUUUAUUUUGCUUUGAAAUAAACAAUGAUUGAAUCUUUGC